AUCCUCAACCCCCUCCUCGAAUCCCGCCCAGGCGCCUAAUCCUUUGAAUUCUCGCCAUAUGCCAUGGCUACGAAACGCAAUAGAUCAAAUCCGCUCUUAUCAACCAACCCUCUCACUGCAGCGCCCGCGAAGAAGACGAAGAAAGAUACCGCCAAACGGAAAUUACACGAAGACGGACCGGGAGGCCUGUUAAUUGUUCGCGCUCCGAAUCUUGACGCGCAGCCACGUACGGCCUCCCAGCCUAAAGCGGGUCCAAGCAACCCCCCACCUGCGAAAAAGUUCAAAGCUGGGUCUGCUGAUCCGCGCGGGUACUCGGUAGACCCUGUUGUGGAGAGGGAUGUACGCGCGAUGAAUGACGAGGCGGAUUCUCUGAGGCGCCGGGCACUAACCAAUACCAGCGGGGGUGGCUCAUCGUCCAUGUCAUUUCAAUCUUCGCCGGUGAAGAAGGGCAAGGGCAAGAGGAGGAAUGCGACGGUUGAAGUCUUAGAGCCCCUCAUGGAUGGCACACCUCAGGCCAAGAGGAAUAAGAGCUUGCGUGAGGGCGCCAUGGCUGCAAUCGCACGCGAGCGAGAGGAGGAAGAGGACAAUAGCAGGAGGAAAGGCCAUUCACGACGCUCUUCGACCGGAGGACGUGGCAAACGGAUAAGCAACUCGUUUCAAUUUGGGACGAUUGCAUUACCGCAUCCUCGGGUUACCGAUGACAGUUUCUAUAAGCACAUCGACCGCGACAUUCCUGAUGGCGACCAAGCGCUUCAGCUCCUGGUAUGGAGCACUUCACGGGUCGACUUCGCGUCGUCAACACCACCUCUUCCCCCUGAAGAAGAAGACAUAUUCAAGCGGGCCUCGGAGCAAAUGAUCACUCACCUUGCGUCCCAAUGGAGAGGACUGUCACUCGCAGAUGAGGGUGAAGGGAUGGAUUCGAUCAAAGGCACCAAUGCACAGAACGAGAAGAACAAGGAACGUGCUGUGCUCUAUUCGAACGAAGUUCAGCAGGCGGAAAGCGAGGACAGUGAAUGGCGCAAGGUCAUCCACUUACAUGAAAGCAUGAAAGCGAAAGAUCGCAAACAGUUGGAAGAGUGGCGUCUAUCCCGAGAUAGCCAGAUCGACGAACGCCAACUGUCUGAUCGUCUCCGCGCGGGCCUCCAUCUCGCGCGGGCUGCUCCCGGUCCGAACCUUGAUAAUACGACCGCGAGGCUUAACGAAAUGCGCUGGAAGCUGGACGUGUUGCACACUAAUCUGAGCGGAGCGAGGACGGCAGCGCGUGCUGCCGGGAGAUUACUCGACGAGCGAUUCGAGAUGCUCGACGGUGAGCUCGCUGCCCGGGCCGGAGUUGGAAGUCGUGUCGACGGGAGCUCUGCAUCCGGUACAGCUCUCGUUGAGCCCCGAGUAGCCGCCGCCGAAACUCGCAGCCUUUUCCGAGCGCUUUCGCGCGUCGACUCGGAUCGUCCGCCGGCUCAGGUCGGGGAUGCAGCUCGCAAGGCUGCGCGUGAAGUACAGCGGGCCACGGCUUCGUCCGGAGAACGAGAGCGGAGGGUGACAUUGAUGCCCGGUGGUCCACCAGGGACACCGAAGCGGCCUGGGACGCCACGGAGAGACAGGACACCUGGAACCCCAAGGAGAGAUCGGACACCGAGUGGAAUGUAGGCUUGUACUUUGGCUACCCCCCUUCUCCCCUUUGUUUUCCAUCCCCAACGGUCCAUCUUCUUCCCUACCUAAGGAGAUGAUGUGUAAGCAUCAGUGUGCGCCAGGGUCCGUGCGACAUCCUACACUGCUUCCAUGGAUCGCAGCGCUUGCCGAUGGAUGGCGAGGCUUGCGAAGAAAUUGAUGCGGCGGGCAGAUGGGUAAACCUCACUGACUGUAAUUUCGCCGCUGCUAUCCUUUGCCCGCGUUGCUCUUCUGCUCUUAAUGGUGGUCCACGAUCAGUCUCUGUCUGGGAUAUUACUUUCGAAAUCGAGGUCGACAGGAUUUGCCUUGCAGCAUCCCUCGCAGUGUCCCAAUGAAUUUCGUCAUCGUUCAAGGGUUUCAUUGGGGAUCUGGCUCAUGGACACGAACUUGCUUUCUACGUGCAUAUAUUCAAAUUGCCCGAACGGAGGACGGUAGCUCCUGAAGCUCUCUUUAUGACGUUGCUGCACAGUGCACUCGAAAGACCCGGUGGACGUUUUGGGAGCUGGAAGCCCCUUGAUAUCUGUCCAUUCGACCGAGUAUCCCUGCGAAUCCCGCUUCAAGAUGCAACAAUGACGAAGAUCGUCGUCGGAAGUUGCCUUCAAUUACUUCCGCUGCAGUUCUAUGUAUAUUCGGCUAUGCAAUCCAUCCAUCCAGAACAUUUGCGACCUGUGCGGAUCAGGAGCAGCUCGCUGUGUAGCCACCGCCUUUUAAGUGGAAAACGCCGCAGCGGGAUACCAUAUCCACGACAUAAUUUCGGGUAGGCGCGAGGGCGGUUGGAUGAAUGGCAGACAUCGAUCCUGCUCAUCUACUAGACCAUGCUUAUGAGUCCUUCGAUCUAUUUUCGCUUUCGGUCUGGAUAGCUUCCGGUGUGACAUUCAAGAGUCCAUCACGGUUGGAAGCGGCCAGCCUGACCGAUUCUACACUGCCCAUGGACGGAUGCCGCCACUGCAGUUGCUCCGAGACCUUCAUUUACCUCGCAUGCUCCCUGAUCUCCGCGUUGACGAUGCGAAAAGAUUGAGUAGACCCACUGCAUGGGCGACCAUUUCGGCCCUCAACAAAGUCAUUCUGGGGUCGUCUCAUGAAACGACCCUGGGUGUUCGCGAAGACAUCGAUAUCACCCUGGCGAUGCAUGAACCAGUCUCUCGAGAAUCAAAACACCUUCGGCGUGAUCCAGCGACAUUUCCCAGAACAACGGUGUCGCUCGAGAAGAACGAAGCCUGUGGAUGGACAUCAAGGAGGUGCAGAUGGAUAGGAUGGUGAGGUCUGUCGUCCUGUCUCAGAACGCCCAUCAAUCAGCCGCUCCCCAUCGCCGACGCGCUGAUCUGUCUUUCAUUCCGAAACGCGCCGAUCAUAGCCAACAUACCGGCUUCGGCCAUGUUGUAUUCAUCAAUGAGCGCCGAGUGCCGAGCGCUCAUGGAUCAAAGGCACAUUUUGCGCCAGCGUCCACAAUAAACUUUGUCGAUCCCCUA